AUGGCGAUAAUAAAGUUAACAGAGAAAUACAUUGAAGAAAAAUGUUCUCCAGCAGAUCAAAAUAAUUCAAGAGUACAUUGGGUGCAACUAUCUAAGCGAAGAAUGACGACCUGCAAAGUACUUCUACUAGAUGGGACGGAGCUAGAAGUGCCAAUUGAGAAAAAAACGCUCGGCCAGGAGUUGAUGGACAAAGUUUUCGAACAUUUGAAUUUGGUCGAAAGGGAUUACUUUUCGUUAUCGUACAGGGAUGGCAACGAUGUCAAAUUUUGGAUCAGCAAAACGAAACGAAUUAACAAACAACUGAAAAGCGAUCCUUGCAUGUGCGCUUUUGAGGUCAAGUUUUAUCCACCGGAUCCAAUCGUAUUGCAGGAAGAUAUAACUAGAUAUCAGUUGUGUCUGCAGUUGAGAAGGGACAUAUUGACAGGAAAACUUCCAUGCUCAUUCGUCACCCAUGCCCUACUCGGCUCCUACACGGUCCAAUCAGAACUCGGAGACUACACCCCAGAGGAACACGGCAGGGGCAUUGAUUACAUCAAGGACAUCAGGUUCGCCCCCAACCAAAACGAUGAACUACUUGAGAAAAUAGCUGAACUCCAUCGCACGCAUAAAGGACAGACACCAGCUGACUCGGAGCUGAGGUACCUGGAGAACGCAAAGAAACUAGCCAUGUACGGCAUGGACCUUCACCAGGCCAAGGAUUCAGAGGGAGUGGAAAUCUUGUUGGGGGUGUGCGCCAGUGGUCUGGUAGUCUACAGGGAUCGACUGAGGAUCAACAGAUUUGCCUGGGGGAAGAUCCAGAAAAUUUCUUAUAAAAGAAAUAACUUUUAUAUAAAGCUGAGACCUGGAGAGUUCGAACAGAUUGACAAUACCAUUGGCUUCAAACUGCCAAACCAUCAGAUGGCCAAACGACUUUGGAGAACUGCUGUUGAACAUCACACAUUUUUCAGGUUUGUGUUUUUUCCCAUCUGGUCAGGGUUUCAGUACGAGGGCAGAACGGAGUACCAGAUAAGACAGGCCACAUCCCUUGUGGACAGGCCCGCACCCUGUUUUGACAGAAGUGGCAAGAAGAGGGUUGUCGGUUCUAGAAGCAUCGAUGGUGCAGUGCCAAUGAAUGGCGACAAGUCUGGUGGAGGUGGGGCGGGGGCGGUAGAUGCUUCGACGUUGGAGAUGAGAGGGAAGCAUCCUAACAAGAGCGCCUCGUCGAAUGUUCCAUUUGCCAGUGGUGAGGAGGAGAGGAUGAUGAUGGCGCAGGAUGGAAAGAGUCAACAGCGACAGCCAGCAUCAGGGCAACAAUCGGCAACUGUUCCCCCAACCCCUCCUCCAUCAGCAGCAGCAGCAACCACACCAACGUUCAGAAGCGUGAACGAUGGCUCGAUGAACGCCGAUAGUAACGAAGACACACUCUCUGUUGAUCAGACGAAAAUGAUGGUGACUGCAAAGAAAGCCGUGAUCGUCAGCGCUAGGCCGGAAUCCACUGUUCUUCAUAAAAAUGAGUUCGUUUACGAUGUGGAUUCUCAGGAAAUAACGAAAGAUGAACAUAACAACACCGUCAUUAAAACCACCAAGACGACGACCACCAGAGACAACCCACCACAGCCGCUACCAGGCAGGCCACUGUCGACUGGUGAACAAACUUUUACUCACACCACUACCAU